UUCAUUCGGUAACCCUACUAAAGCCCCGACAGAGACGCACAGACACAUCCACUUCCCGCAACCCAUUGCGCAGGCCGGCUCUCAGGCAACACCCCGGGAGGGUUAAUGUACAGAGCCACAGGGCACUCUCGCAUUCCGCUUGUACCAUCCACAUCUCAACGUAAUUCAAUUAGUCCGGCUUUGGGGGAAGGCGGGGACACAUCAUUUAAAAGGCAGUAAGCCCCGCCUCUUUCCCGUGUUGCGCACCAAUCGGAGGGCAGGCAAAAGACAGACUAUGGAAAUGUCUGAGCAAACAGCAGCCUGCGCCCUGAGUAGCAGCUCUGGGCUCUGCCGGGCCCCCCUUUCAGCCUAGUAAAGUGCAUGAGAUGUCACAUGACCGGCCGGCGGCAGUGUGAGCCUCCCAUGAAUACAUCAUCUGCAAGAUCGGAGCCUGUAUCUGCUCCCCCGCUGUGGGUGCCAGCACCCAUCUCCUGACGGGCAUCUGUAUGUGUAUCUGUCUGCAGCCGGGACACCUAGCGCCGAAUGUGGAGCCCUGGGGAGAGACAGGGGCUGCACACACUGACACGCAAUCGGAUUGUGCCUGCUCCUUGCGAGAAGCCCUGACUGGCUUUGCUGGAUAAGGGGUGGGACUUGCGCUUUUUUGGAUUGUACCCCAUCCUACUAAAGGAUACCCCCCCUUCCCAUUCCCCCCCUCACUGACUUUUAACCCUUCCUCUGCUGCACUGAAGUUUGGCUGCCCCUGUCCCUGAGUGUGUUUGUUCCCAGGCAGCAGCCGCUGUGAAGCCUUUUCAUGUGUCUCAUGUUGGAGAUCGGGGAUCAUCUGAUUCAUUUCAAACUCUUUGCUGCUCUUACAAGUUGAUCUCCAGGGGACCAGGCAGCACAGAGAGAGGGGGGAGACUUUAUUCCUCCCUGGAUGCCUAUGGCACAGUCUGCCCCUCAUCUUUAUGUAUGUGGCUGUUUCAUGCACGGCACUUGGAUGCGUUUCUAGGAGUUUUGCUGUUUUUUUUCCCCCACUUAUUUUUGUUCCAUUAGAGAAUCUAUUGAUGAACUCUCAGAUUGGAUGUGAGACAUCAGUCAGUUGGUAGGGUCGCUCCAUCUCCAUCCUUAGCCAUCACCCUGCUCAAAGGAAGGACAAGGACAGAGGCGGGGGGCGAGGAUACAUAAAGUACCCCAAAGGCUGACUGAUCGCAGAGACAGCACCUACACACUGCUGCUGCUACAUUGGGAGACUGCAGCCCUCAGUAGCCUGUGUGUAACAGUGCAAGGCACUACUAUUGGCACUACUAUUGGCACUACUAUUGGCACUGAUACGGUUCCUCCAGCAAGUGGCACAAUCCCUGCUUGUAACUUUGUGCAGCAGGAGAGCUGGCACCACAGUAACCCAUAGGCAAGCCCGGGAUCUGAACACACUGCCUGCAGGGCUUAGCGGGCAUCUGCUUUGUUGGAGGGUAUAAAGCACCCCUUUGGGGGAUGUCUCCCUUGAUCCUAAGCCCUGCUCUGGGUGCAGGGAGUUGUGUGUGAAUGUGCACCGCCCUGAUCCUUCUACUCCCGGUUGCAGCAACAGCAGCCACCCGGCCUCCAGCUCCCCCGUGAGUCCGGCUCUGCUGCAGCAGUGCCCCCCGUCACACCAGCGACUAAUUCCCAGCCCAGUAGCGCUCCUGUCCCUGUCCUGCUCAGCCCUGCGACUGUCGCGCACCCACUUUCUGGCCAGGAGUGAUGUUGCACGUGGAGAUGUUGACGCUGCUGUCUGUGCUGCUGUGGAUGUGUGUGUGCGGCCAGGACCCUGGCUCCAAGGUGGUGGCUGAUCGCUAUGCGGUGUAUUGGAACAGCACCAACCCCAGGUUCAUGAGAGGUGACUACAACAUCGAUGUCUGUAUCAACGACUACCUAGACGUGUUCUGUCCUCAUUAUGAAGACUCGGUUCCAGAAGAUAAAACUGAGCGCUAUGUUCUGUACAUGGUGAAUUUCGAUGGUUACAGCUCCUGUGAUCAUACAUCCAAAGGCUUCAAGAGAUGGGAAUGCAAUCGCCCUCACUCCUCUAAUGGACCUCUAAAGUUUUCCGAAAAAUUUCAGCUCUUCACACCCUUCUCAUUAGGGUUUGAAUUCAGACCAGGACGGGAAUAUUAUUAUAUAUCAUCUGCAAUUCCAGAUAACGGAAGAAGAGCCUGCUUAAAGCUCAGAGUCUAUGUACGACCAGCAAAUGACACAGUUCAUGAAUCAGCUGAGCCAUCCCGUGGUGAAAAUGCAGCACCAGCACCGAGGAUACCCAAUUGGCUUUUAACAACCCUACUGUUUCUCCUGGCAAUGCUUUUGACGUUAUAGCACAGUGUACUUCACAGACAAGCUGCAGAGAAAAUAGGAUCUUGAAACAUCACAGAUCCAUCUAACUGCUUCAACCAAGGAAGGAACUUUUUGUUUUGUUUUGCUAAUUUCCAGUUGCUCUCGGUUUUUGGAUUUUUUCCCCCCAAAGUUUCCACUGAACACGAAUAUAAAAAGAAUAAUAUACUUUGUUACACUUCGGUCUUGGGUUUAUCUUUCCAGUACUGAAAAGACUUCUGACGAAUAUGCCAAAUUUUUAAUAGCAACACUAGUGAUUCUUAUUUUCCUUUGCAUUUAUUUUUUUAGGAAAACCGUUCAUUUUAUUCACUGUUACCCAUAUGGAUAGAAUAUGUUUGUGGCAAAUAGUCAAAAGAAAAUAAACGAACAAAAAAAAAAAAUGGAAGGCCAUUGUCAAAUACAAAUUCCUACUCCUAACUACAAUGUCAUAAUAUUGGAACUGGAUGUCAGCUGUUCUGAAUCUUGCUAAACCACAAAUUCCAGAGGAUGUUUAGUGAACAUGUAUUUGUGUACAAAUAAUAGUCCAUAGCUAACUUUAGCGCUUUUACCUGCACUCUAUAGAGUUUUUCUUGUUUUGCUUAAACAAAUACCGAGCAAACCUAAAGUGCACAGUGCUUCACUCUUGCUGCCAGUAGGCAACGCAAAGCAGAAACAGCCCUCCAAGGUGCUACAUGUUGAUUUUGCUGUUACCGUAUAACUCACAUGCAUUUUGUAUAUAAAGUGACCUUGCUCAACGUAAACCUGAACAGAAGACAGUUAAAAAACAUUUUCCUUUAUAACAUUAAUUACUAUAAUUUCAUCAAAGUGGAAUUUUAUGUUACUGGAUUUAAAUUGGACAUCUGGUAAUCAUUUCACUAUGACAUUUUUGUUUAUUCUGGAGGUAAAAAAUCUUUUGAAGAAAUAUUUGCGAGACCUGUACUAUCAUGAAAGCCUGUCUACAAUCAUUUUAACAAGUGUAUUUCUGCAUCAAGCUUCUGUUUAUCUCCUUCAUUCAUGCAGAUUUUAGUGACGGAGAGAAUUCAGUGUAAUGUUUCUCUUUAUAUUUUUGGGUAUUAUAGGGACAAAAUAUGCCUUUGUCCAACCCUUAAAAGGGUUUAUUUCUUGAAUAUGGAUUUCAAAUACAAAACAAAUAUUUUGUUAUUUGUUCUACAGAACAAUAAAAUCAAGCAACAUAACCUAACAUUUGGAAAAAGAGAACAAUAAUUAGACUUGAUUUGCAGUAAAAUCUACAUUGAACUUAUUAUGAAGUUGGACAGAUAACAGACAGUAGCCCAUUUAAUCCAUUAUAUAAGUGCUCCAGUUGAACUGCUUGUUAUAAUUUGUACAUAAAGUGUUUUGUUUUUUAAUAGAAUAGCCAGCACUUACUUUCAAAACCAAACCCCAUUCUGUGGGAUUGUGCUGAGCACUGGUAUAUAAUGCCCCUUCAAUUAUCACUUAUAUCCCAAAAGACAUUACCAGUGUGUUUUGAAGCAUUUAGAUGGUAUGUAAUAUUUAUUGAUAGGAAAUCUAAUAACUGUUCAGGGUGCCUUGAGUUUUUUUUUUUUAUUAUUUCACCAAGAAUUUGGCUCUGAUAUUAGAUAUUCACCAAAUGUAUGUUGUAUAAUAAAGCUUUUAAAAACUGUGACUAUGUUUAAUAUGAAAAAGUCAACUACAAUGAAAACGUUUAAUAUAUUUGUUAAAACAAUAUACUGUAGACCUGAAGCAACAGGAUUGUUAAAGCUAGUCUGCAAUGUUUUCUGCCUGGCAAAAUGAUGUAUUUCCUUAAAAAUAGAAAUGCAUUGGAAGAUUGAAGAAGAGCCUUUAUAACUCCAGGUGCAGGGGUUGCUUUCUUGAAUUAUAGUAUUAUGCAAUUUUUUUUUUUAGAACAUGUAUACAAUAAACUACAACAAAGCACAGAAUUAUGCAUUGUAGAAAUAACCUAAAGAGAUACAAGUAUAUAAUUAGCUGGCUGCUGGAGGAGCCAGUAACCUACAGCUGUACUUUGGAGAAGGCCUUGGCAGUAAUGGGAUUCGCCUCUGUACUACAGUUUCCAUUGGAGUGCUUGCGCUAUAAAAAUGGUAUUUUUCCAUGGGUAUAAGAGAACUAAUUGUUUUACAAGGGCUUAUUAAUUUUUAGUAAAGGCAGGUAGUCUUGCCCUUGUUAACAUCAGGUAAUGCAAUAACUAAUUUAUUGAAUACAAAAAGAUUACACAAACAUGAGCUUUGUUCAAAUAAACUUUGGGAAAUACAAAUUCUAACAACAUUUAGUGCUAUUGCUGCUGGUUCAGUUAACAAGAGAACUAGAGCCAACUGCACCUGUAAAUUAAUAAUGUUGUGUGUUUAAGAAAAUAAAGCCUUAACUAUGUUUUAGGAAUAUUGAUUUUAAUUAUUUUUAUUUAUCAUUGGACAUUAAACAGCAAUUGACUUUUUCCCCUAAGGGUGAGAAAAAGAAAUCUCGAAACCACUAUUUAUAUUACAGUCAUUGGCUGGAACUUGGAGUGGUGGAUUCUUGGUAACAGGAAAAAAAAACUAGAAAAUAAAAAAUUAACAAUUAAUCUUCUGGAGGUUUUUUCACCUUCAAUUUUAGAUAAACAUUUCUUACCUAUCUGAAGGAUGUUGGUGCAAAUUUGAGACUGCUCGUUGCACUCACGAGACUACUUUUGGUACAGUCUCCUUGGCUUUCUUUUCUCUCACUUUCUCUUCUUCUCCCCCCCCCCCCCCAAUGAACUAUUAAGGCUAAGGAAAGGGUAAUUUAUUAACCCACAUUCCUGGUUGUCUGUAGCUUUUCAACUUGAAGCAGGGGAUUAAGCAUCAGUCUGUUUGGUGGAUACUGUGUAUCCUUUAACACAAAAGGUAACAUUUCAUGUUAGAUUAGAAUAUUGUUUUGUAUUGUACCUUCUCGGAUGGCAAAGAAUAUAAGAUAAAGUUAAACAAAAACAUACCUUCUUUAAAUUCUGUAUUGUUAGCAACCUAUGCUGUAUAUAGUGUUUGAUAAUAAAGUAUUGAAUCAAUUCUUAUGUCUUUUGUAAGUGAAUACAUUAGACUUUCCGGCCACAAACAUCAUAUUUGUUAUUAUACAAAAACAAAGAGGCUUCAAAAUGCUUCUACAUGCUUGGUUGUUUUCACAAAAGCUCCAUUGACCAUAACCCAGAGCAAAACCGCAUUUAAUGAUCAAUGUUUUGUACUAAAUGUUUAUAGGUCUAAUGUAAGAGCACUAUGUAUUUUUUGGCAUGUUGAGUUUAAAGGGUAAAAGGGAUUUUUAUGCAGGACUUGUUUAUGAUCAUUUUCAGGGGAUUCGUUUCUGCGCUCUUUCUCAUGCUUGUUAGCCAUGUAUCAAAUACAUGAAUUUAUUUUCAUGCCAGAAAAACAGAAAUUUAGCCUUUAUGUUAUAACAUUGUGAAACAUUGCUAUUUUUUACAUAAUCGGUGAAAUUACAAAUCAAAAUACUUGCAUCUUCACUGGACAGUGUUAUUUUAACUUCAUAAUGUCCUACAAUAAAUGUAAUGUACUGUACACUUAUCAUAUAUCUAUGGCCACCUAUUUGAAAUCUCUACCCUUUUCUUUUCUGCUCUAUCUUUCUCUUUUCAAAUUGUAAAUGAGCAGAUCAGUCCUUCUUUUGGCAUCACUGAGUUUUUCCCAGGCAUUCAUCCCAAGUUUCUCAGAUCUGAGACAAAUCUUCGUACGAUACGCUUACUGCCAUUGUCUGUACAGUUUAAUAGAUGCUGGCAUGUUGAAGGUUACCCAUGAGUCUACAAAAUCCGUUUUCCAUACUUACUCUUGACAUCUCAUUGAAACCACUCAUUGUGUGUGCAUCUGAGUAAGAAAGUCCAGCUCAGUGUGGUUCUGUGCUUGUUCUACCCUGCUUUGCACUUACUAUUCAUUAAGUGCUGUUUUGAAAUGCUUACAUUAUAAGAAUUUAAAAAAAAUGUUGAAAAAAAAAAAUCAUAAACUGUAUUUGUAUAUACACGUGUCCGUACAAUUAUACUUAAAUAAAAAAUGAAAGAUUGUCAUCAUUUUA